GUGGUGUGAGCUUUAACUCCCUUUCGCAGCGGCCACUAGGGUUUCUCCUCUCCCUCUUAAUUUUCUCCCUUCCCCUCGCGCUCCUCCCCGCCCCCAGAGCCCCGUCGCCUAGCUAGGGUUUUUGUCUCCCCGCCGCCACCGCCGCGCGCGCGCGAGAGAGAGAGACCAGAGCAACUAACCCAGCCAUGUCGGUGCGCCCGAGCGAGAGGGCCGACGCGCGGCGGAACCGCUACAAGGUGACGGUGGACGCCGAUGAGGGGCGGCGGCGGCGCGAGGACAACAUGGUGGAGAUCCGCAAGAACCGCCGCGAGGAGAGCCUCCUCAAGAAGCGCCGCGAGGGGCUCCAGGCCCAGGCUCCCAUACCCGCCGCCGGCGUCGAGAAGAAGCUUGAAAGCUUACCUGCUAUGGUUGGUGGGGUUUAUUCGGAGGAUAACAACCUGCAGCUUGAGGCAACGACACAAUUCCGCAAGUUGCUUUCUAUAGAAAGGAGCCCCCCAAUCGAAGAAGUUAUCCAAUCAGGCGUUGUUCCUCGAUUUGUGCAGUUUCUUACUAGGGAGGAUUUCCCCCAACUCCAGUUUGAAGCAGCGUGGGCACUCACAAACAUUGCGUCUGGCACAUCAGAGAAUACCAAGGUUGUCAUUGAUCAUGGGGCAGUUCCAAUAUUUGUGAAGCUUCUUGCGUCUGGCAGUGAUGAUGUUCGUGAGCAGGCGGUCUGGGCACUGGGCAAUGUUGCUGGUGACUCCCCAAAGUGCCGUGACCUUGUUCUCGCAAAUGGCGCAUUGAUGCCUCUGCUAGCACAGUUGAAUGAGCAUGCUAAACUCUCCAUGUUAAGGAAUGCGACCUGGACUUUAUCAAAUUUCUGCAGAGGAAAGCCACAACCAGCAUUUGAUCAGACUAAGCCUGCUCUGCCAGCACUUGCACGACUUAUCCAUUCCAAUGAUGAGGAAGUUUUAACUGAUGCAUGCUGGGCUCUUUCCUAUCUCUCUGAUGGCACCAAUGACAAGAUCCAAUCUGUGAUUGAUGCUGGUGUCUGUCCCCGACUUGUGGAGCUUCUCCUCCAUCCAUCACCUUCAGUGCUUAUACCUGCACUACGAACUGUUGGAAAUAUUGUCACAGGAGAUGACUCACAAACUCAGUGCAUCAUUGAUCAUCAAGCUCUUGGGUGUCUCCUCAGUCUGUUGACAGAAAAUCACAAGAAAAGCAUUAAGAAAGAGGCCUGCUGGACUGUUUCAAAUAUCACUGCUGGUAACAAAGAUCAGAUACAGGCUGUGAUUACUGCUGGAAUUAUUUUUCCUUUGGUGCAUCUGCUGCAAACGGCUGAGUUUGAUAUCAAGAAGGAGGCUGCUUGGGCCAUCUCGAAUGCUACCUCCGGUGGUUCCCAUGACCAAAUAAAGUAUUUGGUUAGCGAGGGCUGCAUCAAGCCACUGUGUGACCUCCUCCUUUGCCCAGAUCCAAGAAUCGUUACAGUUUGCUUGGAGGGUCUUGAGAACAUUCUCAAAGUUGGAGAAACUGAUAAGAAUUUGGGUGCUUCUGGGGAGGGAAAUGUCUAUGCACAGAUGAUUGAUGAAGCAGAAGGCCUGGAAAAGAUUGAGAACCUGCAGAGCCAUGAUAACAAUGAAAUCUAUGAGAAGGCUGUGAAGAUUCUUGAGGCUUACUGGAUGGAGGAGGAAGAUGAUGCGAUGGGGACAACUAUGGAAGCUCCCACAGGUGUUGCCUUUGACUUUGGCCAAGGUGGCAACCCUGAUCUGAACUUGGGCUGAAUACAGAUUUGACCAAUGGUGGCAAUUCCCUUGUCUCUGGAGUUGUCACCAUUUGGUGUAGUCGGUGUGUGGGGGUAAGGUCAUGGUUGUGGUGGGUCCAAUAAGCUGAAGAUUUCAAGAAAGCAACUGGUCCUGGGUAUCAAAUAUCACAGCGAUUGUAAGAGGAGUAUAAUCGUCGAACUUGAGGAGUCUGGGUUUUUUUCUAUCAGGCUACUAUGUAGGGGUUGCAUCUUUAGUAUGGUGUGCACUAUUUUGCUACUGUAUAGCCUGAGUUGAGCUUCUGCAACUCUGCGAGGCAUUUAGGUGACAAUUUCUUGAAUGAUUUGGUAUGUGCGGUUCUUCAGGAAUGAAGUGAGUUGCAGUUUGUUCGAA